UAUGUCGUGCUUGAGUGAUUUUCAACAUAAUAUAAAAGUGUAGACAUUAUUAGAAGCCAUUAGAACUGUGAAAGUGUGAAAUAUGUUGCAAACUUCAAGUAGAAUUUUAAAAAAAAUUGAAGAAGUUUUGGGACAUGGCGGUUAUAUGGAAUAUAUUCCCGAGCUGGCUGUCGUAGGAGUAGAUGGCGUAGGGAAAAGUUCUGUUUUGAACAAUUUUCUUGGAAGAGAUUUUCUUCCGCGAGGCAUGGUUGCUGUGACAAGUACACCGAUUAUAAUUGAACUUGUAAAUGAACAAGAAGAAUGGGGUGAAUUUCAGCACUACAAGGGCAAGAGAUUCCAUUUAAACGAAAUCUGUAAGGAAAUAGCGAAAGAAUCAGCUCGAAUAGCUGGUACCGAUAUGUGUAACACACCAAUCAAGGUACAGAUAUUUUCACCAACCGUGCCAACCGUCACACUGAUCGACUUACCUGGGAUACCGAAAUCGGCUACUUCUGACAAGAGACAUGCAGUCGAAACAAUUAUAAUUGACGCGAUUAAUAAGGACAAAUGUCUUAUAUUGGCAGUUGCAGCGGCCAAUAAUGAAUCAAUUCGCGAGGCACUUCAACUCGCCGAAAAAGUCGAUCCUCAGGGUACUAGAACUGUUGGCGUCAUGACAAAAUUGGAUUUGAUGGAUGAUGGAACGAAUGAAAUCGAAAAUCGGUUUGAAAUGCACCAACGUUUCGUUGGAUUGAUUAAUGCUGACCAGAAUGCCGAAAUGGAAUUUAUCCACAAAUAUCCAAAAUUUAAAGAUCUCGUAGGAAUAACACAUCUGCGAAAAAUAAUUGAUGAAAUGAUGACUGCGUAUAUUCGGGAAAAAUUAGAAAAACGAAUGGUAAAUGCAACUGAAGAUGAGGCACAACUUUAUGCACAGAUUUUUGGUGGUGUUGCAUUGAUAUUACCAGUUCAAAAUAGUGAUUGCCCUACAAAGGCUAAACAAGCAAAAUUAUCGGCAACCAAAAUUGAUGCUCCAGCGAUAUCAAAUAAAGAUGCAAUGGAACAGGAAAUCGCUGAUCCGACAUUCGAAACAAGUACCCGAAACGUAAUUUUUCCGAAAUCGCCACCAUUCACAUAUCAGCCAAAAGAUAUCGUCAGUGAUUUUGUGAGCGUACGCACAAAGGGAAUCGGAAAUAUUCUAUUGCCGAUCUCUUUGAUCGACGAGUUGAGUACCAAUGAAUCGUCACAUGACAGGUACUGGAUUUCGGCUGCACGAGGUAUGGCUGAUCCAAUACUUUCGAGAAUUCACGGGAGCACCAGCCGUGAUGUCAUGUUGCAUGAUCUCACCGCAUCACAUCAAGCAAAUAACAGGGAAAUCAUAAAUGCAAUGAAGUGUAUUGAUGAACACAUUGAUAUGAGUGGAAAAUUAAACGUUUUCUCAGGUCUACAUUAUUUUAUUGUUCCGACUUGGAUUGCAAUCUACAAAAUAUGCGAACUGGAAAUUAAUAUCGACAUCAUAAUGAGACGUGUAGCGAAAUUAGAAGUCGAUGGCCCAACGACUAACAAUGACUCAACAGAAACGGAACAACUGUUGAAGUCAUAUCAAAGAAACAUUCCAUCUGGAGACGGAGUCGUCUGCAUUAUAGACAUUGAUCUUCAGAUUAACAAUUUAACAGAAAAGGAAAAGAACAAGCUGAAAUAUCAUCCGAUUGAUGUUUCAUUACACGAUCCAAGUCAAGCAAACGCCACUCUGUCACACGGAACUAAAGUGUACAAGUUCGUGGCAGCUAUAUGCCCCGAAAAUACUAUCAUCCACUUUUAUGAUAUUAAAAGCAGAGUGAGCGAUGUAGAUGCUUUUUACCUAGCAUUAGCCUUCGAGCGGAUUCUUACCUGCCAACGACCGUACAAAACAUUAGUUAUAAAUUGCAGUUUGUCCGUGAAUCCGCAAUAUAACCCGGUCGAACUGAUAGAUAAGAACAGUUACUUUUUCCAUCUACACAACUCAAUUCACCUGUUUGGAUAUGUAAUAUUCGGUGCAGCUGGAAACACGGGUAACAGCUCACCGCAUCACCCUUGGGGAUCGUGCGACAAAUGUAUCGUCGUCGGAGCUUGCAACAAAGAGAACAAGAUAACGCAAUUCUCUAGCGGCUGUUGUACUAACAUGGUAACAACGUUCGCACGUGGAACGGAUUUCUGCCUCGCGGCGAGCGAGGGUUACUUUGUCGGCACCUCAUAUUCAACGGCAAUUGUAUCGGCAUCGUUCGUAUCGAUUCUUGACGAAAUUUGGGAUGUGAACGAUUGGCAGACGAUAACUGAUUCAAUCAGAAAAUAUCUGAGAGAAAAAGGAUCUAAAAAAAUCGGAUGUUCAUCAAGUGAUCCACAGCAUCAACAACUUGAGUGGAUAAAACUUGAAUCGCCAAACGCUGCUCAAAAUACAAAGGUAAUUCUACGAGUCAAUGGGAUAAGAACCGGCUACAAAGGAGGUCUGGUGCUUUUAGCAUCUUUUGUUUCGAGUGAUGCAUUUUUAAUGAUGAAUGAAGUCUUACGGCCGCAAAUAGAAGUUUAAAGUAGAAGAAUAUUACCUUUUUCGAUUGUAAUUGCCGUGACGAAAUAUGUCAAAUUAUGAUCCUAGGGCACCAAAAAAUAAUUUUAUUUAAUUAAUCGUAUGCUAGUAUAAGUCUAAGGUAACAACUUUUGCAAUAUGAGGAAACUUAAAUUUAGCCCCAGCUCCCGUUAGACCCUUACAAAGUUUGAGGAUUUCAUGCAUUACUUUUACGUUUGUCACACGUUGAGAAAAGCCAAAUCAGCGAAAAAGUCCAUACUCUAAAACUCUUGGAUGAUUCCAGCUUGCAAUAUACGUAUAGGCGAAAAGUGCAAAAAGAACACUCUUAAGAUCGUAGUCCUUGAAACGCACCACAAAGGAAGACCGUAAUGGAUUUAUGACAUUACUGUCUUUAGGAUCCACGAAAACAUUUUGCCAACUUUUGCCUUAGAGUAAAAUAGCAUCACUAUCGAAAAGUUCAAAACUAACAAGAAACAAAAAUUGUAGCGCCACCGUUCAUUUUAGAUAUAAAUUUAUCGACAUUUUUUAAAUGCAAAUUUUUUGUGGGGCCAUCGGUCAUACCCUAGAUGUACGUUCCCUGCUUCAUAUUACUACUGACCACAUAAAACUUAUAACCGCAGCCAACGAAUCGUUACGUAACCUACUUCUUCUGAAGAGCUUCCUAAUAUUCUCAAUCAAUCCGGAUCUAUAAGGGCGCUACGAAUAAAUUUACGCUGCAGAGUCUUUCUCAAAAAACUCACUAACUCUGCUCUGUCAGUAGCUAUUUGACGCCAACCGAAAUACUAAGGAUAUGUACUGUUAAGUAAAAUCUUUUUCACUGCAUUUUUUUACUGUAUACCCCCUUUCAUUCUCAAUGAAUGGAAAGAGUCUAUGGUCCUUUUCGCUACGAAUUCCUUCUGUGAUCAUUUCAAAUACAAAACGUUACCACUCUCAACGUCUCUAACAACCUUCACUCAAAUAAUCCACUUCACGGUCGUCGUCUUGAUUCGACCACUUCAAGCUUAUACCACAGAUGUGCUCUUUUUUUAACUUCACUUAAACUGCUUAUCCAUAGCAACAAUCAAGUCGUAAAUACACUUGAAUACAAAGAUAUUUACCCAGCAAUUCUCUGAAACGAUCGUAGUUUUCUUCGUACACCUCCUUAACAUACUCAAAGUGAAACAUUAGCAUCUGCUUUCAUUUUUAGGUAACUGUCACGAAAGUCACCGAUGUUAUACUUCUUAUGACUAGACUGCCUUUUCUCCCCAGGACACUCAUACUAAAGAAAUCUACUACGAAUUCCUUCAACUUCUUCACCCUCACCUAAGUUAAACAAAAAUAUUAGUAAAAUGGAUUAGGAGUUAUUAUCCAAGAGCCAAGGGAAAAGUUAAAAAGCUGCUGUAAAUAAAAAAGGAGAGCCGCGAUGUUUUUUUCGAUUGAUUUUCAAGGUUUUUGCAGACGAUUAAUUUCUUUUGUUUUUUCUUAAUUUUUUAGCACUGAGACGUUUCUGUUAUACCUUAAAUUGGAUUCUUUUUGGCGAAUAUUCCAAAAUUGUGUUCACGUUAUACUUUUGAUUCUAUUACAUUUUUCCGUUUAAGAUUUUUUUCUCGAUAUUUCUUCAUAAUUAAACUACUUAUUCCCUUCUUCCUUCUUAUUUAACUUUAUGAUCCUGGUCGUCCUUAAAAGGGUAUGAUCACAGCCCUGCUUCUAGCAUGAACAUUGAAAAUAUUCGGAGGCUGAUGAAAUCACAGUAGGCACUGCGUUUCUAUUGU